GGAACACGUCAGCACGCCAAAAUGUCGAACACAACACGCGCAACGCGCGUUUCUGUAGCAAGUUGAAUAAAAGAAACAGAAAACGAUUGCUUGGUCGCGUGGACUGGCGUGCACAGCGUGCGUGAUCCGAUUUGUUAGGUUGUUGUGACCCUUUGGUUGGGUAGCGGGACUUUUCGGUUUUUGUUUGUUACUAGCUCGGAAAAAUGAAACGUAGGAAUCAGGAAUAUGCUUCAGCGACCCCCAAGUUUGGCGUCGAUGUUGCUGGCCUGUCUCGGAAGAAGCGCAGGAAGUUCGAAAGGUCCGAGAAGAAAGUUCGACGACAUGCCUUCCAUACGAAGAACAAGGGUGUCAUUCAAAAAGAAAUGGAAAGGAUCUGUCAGAAACUCAACAUCGGUACCAAAACCAGCGAGAGCAAGGCUGUCAAGAAGGUUGAGAAAGCCAAAAAAGAAGAGGUCGUUCUGAAGCAGGCAUCCAAGCGUGAGCGGGACAAGGUCCGCAAACAGAAUUUGCUGAGCGACAACAAACAGGAGGACAAGCUAAUUAAACAGCUGGAGAAGAAGCUGUUCCUCAACAAACGGAAGAACAAGAACAUGCCCAAAUCGUUCAUUGACGAAGGGCUCGACUACAUCCUUGAAGUUGUGGACCAGAAUUACAAGGAAAAUGCCUUGGACAGGGAACAGCAGGACACCGAACUCGGCAUCGGGAGUCUCAAACAGAAGAGAAAACUUGAAGACGUCAAAACAUCAUCUGCCGCAAAACGCCUCAAGGGGGCACCAGAAAGCGACGAAAGCGGCAGUGAGUACAGCGAGGAAGGUCCUUACAGUGACGACGAGUCUAGCACAGUACCAAGGGCAACAAGGAGGCAGAAGGACACCCCUAAAGAUGAAGAGGAUGACAGCAGUGAGGGCAGCGAUGAAGGUGACCUCAGCCUCGGCGACGAUGGCGACGACUUUGAAGAUACUGAUGAGGAGGUUGAGGUUCGGCGGCCAGCCGUCGCGAAAGGCAAGCGUGGAAAGGCGAACCUAGUCGUCGCUGGAUCAGACAACGAGGUUUCUGAUGAUGAUGAUGAUGAUGGAGAGGGUGAUGAAGACUUGAGCUCAGAAGAGAGCAGUGAUGCUGGAAGGCUGAAAGUUGGCAAAGCCAAAAGAAUCCAGUCAGGUGGUAAGGGCGACGAAAAGCCCGGUCGAAAGACAACGUCGGUCUCGGGAAAAAAGCAUGUUGUUGAGAGUAGUAAGGCAAAAGGCAGGGAAGCGCCAAAGUCGUCGAAAAAGGUUAAGUUUGUGGAUGACGGAAUAGACGAAGAAACGGAUCCCGACGUUUCAGACGAAGAGAGCGCGGAAGGUGAGGAUGACGAGUCAUGCGACAAGUUGGAAGACGAGACGCCAGCGGGUGUGAAAAAGGCUCCCGCUGCCGCGUUGAAACACAAAGACGGCACGUGGGAAGACAUCUAUGGAAGACUACGGGACAAGGACGGCAAUGUGGUGUCGCAGAAGUACGUCCCACCAGCCAAGAGGCUUCAGUCGGGCCAGCUUGACUCCAAGAAGAAGGAGGAACUUGCCAGGCUGAAGAAGCAGCUCAAGGGACUGCUGAACAGGCUUAGUCAGUCGACGGUUCAGCCCAUUGGCCUUCAAAUUGAAGAACUCUACCGGAAACACAGCAACAAUGACAUGAAUUCAAGUCUGAACCUUGCACUGUGCGAGUCUAUUGUUUCGCCGUUCCUGUCACCGGAGAGGCUAGUCAUGGAGCAUGCAAUGCUGGUUGCCUACCUCCAUUGCAACGUGGGCACUGAAGUCGGGGCUCAGAUUCUGCAGGAUAUGGCUGAAAAGUUCAACAGCCUCUACGAACAGGGACAGAACAAGGACACUUCAAAAGAGGCAGACAACUGUAUCCUGUUCAUAUCGUACCUGUUCGUGUUCAAGGUAGUGCACUCGAGGAUUGUGUUUGAUCUGAUCCGCAAACUGGCCGAGGCCUUCACAGAAAAGGACGUCGAGCUGAUCCUGCUCAUCUUGCGUUCGGUGGGAUUCGUCUUGAGGAAGCGCGAUCCGCUUGCGUUGAAGGAAACCGUGCUGCUUCUGCAGCAAAAGAGUGCACAGGAUGCCAACACCCAAGACUCGAGAAAGAGGUUCAUGAUGGACAUAUUGAAUGCUGUCCGGAACAACAACAUCCAGAAGAUUCCAAACUGUGACCCCUCCAUGGUGGAGCACGCCUCCAAGGUCCUCAGGGGACUUUUCCGCAAAGGCUGCUCUCUCCAGGAGCUGAACAUCUCUCUCGACGACCUGCUCAAAGCGCAUGAGAGGGGCAAGUGGUGGGUUGUUGGUUCGGCGUGGACCGGGAACCAGCAAGAUUCAUCCGGUGGGAAGAACAAGGAGGGUUCCAAGCAGCCCGAGUUUUCCAGCACCAUCCUCAAGUUGGCACAAAAGCACCACAUGAAUACAGACAUCAGAAAAAACAUAUUCUGCAUCAUCAUGACAGCGGAAGACUACCUGGAUGCCAGUGAGAGGAUUCUGCGCCUAAACCUGAGCCCCACGCAGGAGCGUGAGGUGUGUCACGUGCUGCUCCACUGUGCCCUCAAGGAAAAGCGGCACAACCCUUACUAUGCCUACCUGGCACAGUUCUUCGUGAAGCGGGACCGGCGCUUUCACAUGACCUUGCAGUGUGCACUUUGGGACAAGUUCAAGGAAGUGGACAAGUUGUCACCAACGGAGUCUUCGAACUUGGCCGAGUUCAUUGUGGCUCUGCUUUCGCAGGAAGCGCUCUCGCUCUCUGUUCUCAAGACCGUCCACUUCGUCGACAUGAGUCCGGCACUGCUGAGGUUCCUGAGGCAGCUGUUUGUGAGCCUGUUUGUCGGCCGCUCGGAGGCAGUCUGCGAGAAGGUGUUCCUCAAGGUCGCAGAGGUUCCCAAACUGCACCUGCUUCGCGAAGGAGUGCGCCUCUUCCUGAGGCACUUCUUUCUUCGCGACGCCGAUCAAGUCGACCCCUCGCUGCGCGCCACCUUAGAAGAGCGCGUGGCCACUGCCGAAGACGUCCUGAGCCUCGGUGACAAGAAGGCCGUUCUUUGAGCACCGCAUUUCGUCGGCCGGGAUUUGUCGCACGGCGUUGUACAGUUUUAAAAUGAAGGGUGGCUCAGCCGUACGUUUAAAAAAUAUUUUAAUAGCUCCAGCAGGGCUUCUUCACUGUUGCAAAACUUGCACUACGUUGUGAAGUGGUGCAGGCGGUAAUUAGUUGUGUACAUUCUCUUUCAUUAUAUUUUUUUUUUUUUGUCUAAAGAUUCUUUUAGUUAUGCACUCGAGGUUUCUUGUGCAUUUAAAGUGCUAAGUAGAAAGAUUUGUUAUUGGGUUUAUUAGGUCAAUUUAUACUUCUUGGUUAAUAUUAAUGUGUGUUGUAUGGAACUCAUAAGUUUGAAACAAUGUGCCAAACAAACAUUAUGUUGCACAUGUUCCUCAAAAGUAAUAUAUUUGUGUACAACUAGAAAGAUGCCAGGAUUCCACGAUUGAAAGCAAAAUUGAUGCAAAGUAUAUUUUGCACGAGCGGAACAAGAAUGUAUGUUUUGAAUCGGUGCAACAAAAUUGAUAAAACGGUAAAAUUCGACUUAUAACACAGGCACAUAAUUUAAUGGCUCAAUCUUGCCUCAUCAUACUCCUUUGACACAAGAAAACAAGGGCAUUGUAAUAAGUAUACUGGCAGAUGCUUCUCAUGCCAUCCAUUGUGUAGGAUGGCCGUUCCUCUGUCUCAGAGGAACAGAGUAAUAAAACAAAUCUUCACAACUUUGUUUUUACAUGGAGGUUCAGGUGGCGACGGCGGCAACGGCAGUCACAAGUAGUUUUUACCCUAAAAGCACUUGUACUUGGCUAUGAAAGCUUACCAACCUAUUGAGGUCAUUCGCUGUUUUCUUCAAACGUGGGCUUGAGAAUGAUCUUGGAAGCACAUCGGGCAAAUCCAGUGCAAACGCUCAUCUGCACUUUGACAACCUUCCAGAGGGCAAUACUUAGUAGCUGUUUUACAAUAGCAUGUCGCCCUUUGAAGAUGCCUGGGGAUUUUCAAUAUCGUCCACGUCCAAAAAUAAGCUAGAAGUCUAGCUUCGACCAAAUGUGCAAACCCAGCUCGCAAAGAAAAGAAAAAAAAAAUGUUUCCAGCAAUUUUUUUUACGCUUCCACCAUGUCACUUUUAUGCGCCGACUGAAAGACGGUCUUAUCGUCCAAAAAGCACUUUGCUUUGAUAUGCAACACUGAUUCUACGCUGCAAUGCAUGAAAUCAAGACUGUUUCAGCUCAUGACAUCUACAACAGUGCAUAAACAUAGCGAAGCAACUAGCCCAUUGGAUGUGAGCUGGCAGAGUUACACGCUUUUAAAGAUUACUUGCACGGUUGCCACGUAAAAUCUAUGGUAUGAGCUGUCUCUUGCACGAAUUCUCUAUGUUUGGCCACACUUCGUCAUCUCGUGAACAUGUGCAAAACCACAUUUUCAGUGUGUGCUUCCUGUCUUAACUAGUAGCGUUUUCUGCUUCCUAAUUAUGCCGUGGAUUAUAUCUUGAUCUCGUGCCACAACCCUUGUAUGAAUGCAAGCUUGCCAUUUGUUGUGUCUCUGUGCAGCAUGCACCAUGAUAGAGACAUCACCGUGUAUAAAAGAAGGUUAAAACUGAUUGCAAAGUAACACGAAAGUGCUGUUGUUAAAUAUUGUGACUUCCAAAUCACAAAUGAAGACAAAGAAUGGGUUGGUGAAAUACAAGAAUCAAUGAAAAUACAAAAAAUGAAAGAACUGCACUGUGUGUCCUUGUACCGAAAUGUUUUUAUUCUUUCCUUGAUUCUUGCACAAAUGAAGCUUGCACAAAGCCUCUAA